AUGUCAUAUACCACCAUCUCUCCGAUGAAUUCCAAUUUUGCGGCUUUAAUUUGUAAAUAUAUCCCGCGUACGAUCUUCGAAAAGCUUCCAGUGGUAGAUCUAGCAUGGUCAGCGUGUGUGUCCAGGUUGAGGAGUUCAGUAGCUUCUGAUGAAGAGAUUCAGUUUGAUCGUCAAACCUUAUCCAUUGCAAUGCGUUUCUUGAUGGCCAAAACUCCAGAGCAAAGGGUAGUUGUUGAUCUGGACACUCAUUACACACAGCUUAGGUUUCAUUCUUUUAUACCAUAUCAUAUGAUGAUGAUGCUUAUAUUAUCCAUUAUCCAAUCCUACAUACAGUUUCAACCUCACCCCAUGUAUCUAUGCAGGAAUAUCUUGAACAACAUAUUGGAGUUAAAACAAGAAGACAGGUAUUAUAUCAGGGAUAUGUGGAAGGGAUAUCAGCUACUUGGAUGCAGUCAAAUCAUGGGUUUGAUGGCCAGCAACAAGGCGUUUGGCUCAAAGGGUUGGCUAAAAGUUCUACUGCAACUGAAGAAGUCCCACCUUUGCUUGAAGAAAAUGGGAAAAUUCAGGUGUGGAGGAUUAAUGACAAUGCUAAAACCACAGUACCCAAAGAAGAUAUUGCAUCGAGGUAACAUUGCUGCUCGAUUGGCUACUACAAUGUUCAAUUCACUCAAGGGAAGACCAGUUCAGGGUCGUGUAUUUCAAGGGAAAGAGCCUCCACAAUUUGUCGUGAUCUUUCAGCCUAUGGUUGUGUUAAAGGUUGGAUUGAGCUCUGGAUACAAGAACUCCAUUGCAGACAAAGAAUUGAAUGAUGAAACCUACACUUUAGAUGGUGUAGCCCUAAUUCAGAUAUCUGGCACUUCACCCCAUAAUAAUAAAGUCGUUCAAGUGGCAACCUCAUUGAAUACGUCUGAAUGCUUUCUUCUUCAAUCUAGUUCUUCAUUGUUCACCUGGCAUGGAAACCAGAGUAGUGUUGAACAGCACAACAUAGCUGCAAAAAUCGCCGAAUUUUUGAAGACACGCAUGGGUGACUAUCUCAAAGAUGUGGCAUCCAGUCAUAUCCAAAAGAUUACAGAUACAACAGUUGAAUCAGGACUUAAAGUUGCACUGUAUCCUCGAGAAACAAUGAGUCAAACAAAUGACAAUGAUGAUGAUGAAGAGAAAGUGAAACCUUCAUGUCAAUGUAAGAAAGAGAAGAAUGUUUCAACUGACACAUCACCUACACGUGUUGUUGUUGAACAAGUAUAUGGUGACCCGAAGGAAUUCAACAAAAUUCACAUUGACAAAGGUGCACACUACUUGGAACCCAACACAAUUGUAUAUCCGAAUUUUACAUGCACUAAUAAAACAGUUUUUCCAAACCAAGUUUUCGUAACUACUGGAAAUGUUGAGAAAAUCAAGCCUGAAGUUAACAAAAUGAUUGAAAAUGAUAACAAACAAUCAACAACCAAAGAACAACAAAUCAAGACUGCAUUCGAAAAAUAUGUGAAUGAAUCUUCUGCUGAUAGUUUAUCUUCUCAUGGUUCAACCGUUCUAGUACAAAAAUGGAAACCAGUUAUGAAAGUUACGCAGUUUGUGAAGGCUAAGAUACAUUGCAAAUUUGAACAGAAACCCAUCAUCGCUGAUUCAAAUAAUCCAGUUGAAAAUGAAAAUACUAUUGAUUUUGUUUAUGAAUUAAUAUUUGGUAUUCCUGAUAGGGCAAUCGAUGCUGAAUUUCAUGCCUCUGAUAAUGAAACAUCAAAAUCCUCAAAACACAAUGUUGAUUCUACUUGUACAUCUGACUCAAAUUGUUGCGAAAGCAUGCCUGAAGUUCGUAUGGAGGGGCAACAUACGACUGAUGAAAUAAGUGUUCAAGGUGGGCAUACUUUCGAGGGGAAGAAAAGAAAUGUAGAUCAACAUGUUGAGGGGGAGCAUCAAGAUAAUAAUCAAGUUGAGGGGGAGUAUGAAAUUGAUGACAAUAUUUCAGUUGUUGAAACUGAAAACGAUGAAGUGUAUGAGGAUGCACCAUUAAACUUCGAUCGGGCAUAUCCACCAAUGGAAAAAUGGACAAAAAGUCAUCCCAAAGAACAGAGCCAAAGACAGUAA